GCCCCGCCUCCUCCCUUCUUCGCUUGGUUGCGGCGGCGCUUGCGUCCGUGGGGACCGACCGAAAUGGCGGCGGCCGCUACAGCCUUGUUCUCUUCUGCCUCCUUCUCCCCUGCCGCGCUGCUGCGCCCGGGCUGGGCGCCCCUGAGGCGGUGGCGAGCCCUCACUCGCAGCACCAGCAGCUCCCCUCGUAGCGCGGCCAGUGACGAAGCAACCGUUAUCUCAGGGACAAAGCUUGCUCACCAGGUUUUGAAAGAAGUUCGAAGGGAUGUAGAAUCAUGGAUAUCCGCUGGGAACCAGAGGCCUCACCUCACUGUCAUAUUAGUAGGAGACAAUCCAGCCAGUCACAUCUAUGUCAGGAACAAGAUAAAAGCAGCUGCAGCUGUGGGCAUCUCUAGUGAGAUCAUACUGAGGCCUAAAGACAUUUCACAGGAGGAGCUCUUGGAUAUGACGGCAAAACUCAACAAGGAUUCAAGAGUUAGUGGUUUAUUAGUUCAGCUACCUCUCCCAGAUCACAUAGAUGAACGGACAGUCUGUAACGCCAUCGCCCCUGAGAAGGAUGUGGAUGGAUUCCAUAUCAUGAAUAUUGGACGUCUGUGUCUUGAUCAGCCUUCCAUAAUCCCUGCCACCGCUGCUGCUGUCUGGGAAAUCAUAAAACGGACAGGAAUACAAACAUUUGGGAAAAAUGUUCUUGUAGCUGGAAGAUCUAAGAAUGUUGGAAUGCCUAUUUCAAUGCUUUUACAUACUGAUGGAGAGCAUGAAAGGCCUGGAGGUGAUGCUACAGUGACGAUUACUCACAGAUACACCCCAAAAGAGCAGCUCAAGAUCCAUACGCAGCUUGCUGAUAUAGUAAUAGUUGCUGCAGGCCAGGACCAAGAAACAACUUAUUUGUCCCACAUCUAAUUGUUCAACUGUGGACCUGAGCAGAAUUCACCACUGUGAAUAAAAGAUAACAAUGGUGUGCUAACUGGAAAUGAGCCGGUAACUUUUCAUCCAAGUUCACUGCUUCCAAUUUAAUCAUCGCUUCUGAUUUUUGUGCUAAGCAUGGUUUGUAAUUUUUUGUGCUUGGAGUUAAACGGUCCAGUAGCAAUUCAGCCAUGUUUACCUUUCACAUUUUUUUGCUUGUGUCAUUUGUAACAGGAGUGUGAUACAACACUCAUUACACAACUUGAGAUAUACUUGGAAUGAUGAGAAAACCUCGGGCUGGAUUGUGCAAACAGCACACAGUCCUGCCCCAGUGGGUGCUCUGGGGAAGGUUGUGCUUUAGACAGGUGGAAUCACUCCAAGCUUCCUUUUGUUACAUGAGAGCUGUGCACACUCCUCGGAAAUGGGUGACCUGUUCAGUGGGUGUUGCAAAAAAGGUAACUUGUACCCUUGCCAGGUUGGAACAGCUGCUGUUACAGGCCACUGCAGAAGAUGUGCAAAUGGAAAAGAGCUGUUUUGUGUGUCCCUGCAUGGAAGACCAAUAUUCCUUUUGCUGUGUAGUACUUUUACAAGAGCCAUCUGCAUCCUGACUCCUGACUGGUGACUUGUUGCAGUGAGUCUGUUCUGGUGUGGAAAAGCACCACCUCUGAGUGCUUUUCUGUUCACUUGCAUUAAUGGUUUUGGUAAUACUUCAAAUCAGGUGCUUCUCUUCUCUGUUACUCCUGCUUGUGAGAAGAUCCGUCUCUGUGUGCUGUCUCUCAUUUGCCCCCAGGUUUGGGGCACUACUUUUCCUGCUUACUUGGACUGUAACUAUCCAUGCAGUUUAUUCCUUCCUUCUCAUUCGUUCCCAACUCCUUGCAUCUUAAGUUCCAACUAUGCUGCUCUUGUCCAGCCUACCCCUCCCUAAAAUCCCUUUCAAUACCACACAGCUGUUGGAUUUCUAGCCGAAGCGUCGUGUUUCCUGUUACACACACCUGACACUUUGUAUCCCACCACAGCACUUCCCAUCCUGGCCUGCUAUCCCUGCCUAUACAGACUUCCCGUGGAGUCUGUUCUUUUUGCCGUUGGCCCAGCCCCAUGGCAGAAGUGUAAGUGCAGCUUUACCAGUGAUGCUUCUAGAGCCACUACAGGACAGGCAAGGCGGAGAUGGAAGCAGCAGGACUCUUGAGCCAGUCAGCCUGCAGCUCCUGCUCUCUGGACUUUCCAGUCUGCCAAGAGAAAGACUCAUCUGCCUGCUAGGUUUGGAGAGGGGGUAAAGACAAAAAAUAAUGACUGUGCCAAACACCAGAUGAACUUCUGCUUGGACUACUUGCGUUGUCCCUCAGGACAUGAUCUGUGGUCGUCUUGUCUAGGAAGUGCUGGUUAAUCAGACCCUUUAUUCAGGUGGUGUCUGGUUAGCUUUCUUAGAAAUUGGCUGUUUCCAUGCACCUAAAAUCGGAUUUGGUAGGGCCUUGUUUUUCCUUUGUUUAAAAUGUGAUUCAUCAUUUUCUACAAAAAUUACCAAUGAAAGGUUUUCCCAUGUUCUUCAGUCAGUGUGUUUUAGGAAAAGCUGCUCUAAUGUUUAUCCCUUCCUACUGGGUAUGCAAAGUAGGCUUAAGUAAAUAGAUAUGCUCGUUUGGUUUGGGGGUUAGUUCAUUUGUUGCUGUUAAGUAUUUGGCUUAUUAUCAAACCAUUUUACAAAGGGUGUAACUGUGCAGCUUCCGUUAAUAUGCUUCCAGCCCUAUCACACACAGAUCAUUUACCCCCAUAAGGCUGAGGCAUUAUCCAAUUACCAGCCAGGUUGCCAUGGAUUACAUCAGAGGGGGAUGAAAGAGAUGCAGUCAGAUGUUAUCAAAUGAGCUAGGAAAGAGUUUGAGAUCUUGGCUUGCUCAACAUGAGAAGCAGAGUUUCAAGCGGGUGUCUUAUGGGGGAGUGAGAAAUGGAGAGCAGAGAGUGUUCUUGUACUGCCUGUAUCCCAAUGACUAAGUGGCUGUGCUCCAGCACUGCACAUGGGGCCAGAGCCUUUUAUGCCAGCGCUUCCCUCCAAUAAAACUGCAGUUGCAAACCAUAUGGAUUUGGUUUCUUUUCCUUUUUGCCUUCUCCUCACCUGAGAGAAAACUGCUUUGAUGGGGAGAGGGGAGUUCAGACUCUCUUUUUGGAGAUACUCUAACAUUCUUCUCAGAACAAAGAACUGAUGGAAUUGCUCAAGAAGCAAGGUGAAUUGUAAUUUUUAGGUUGGAAAUUCCUGUUACUGAAAGUUGGAAGUUGCACGAUAGGGAAGAAAUUCCUGACAGGAGGCAUGCAGCCAUGGAUACAUUUCAUUAUCUAGACUUUAUAGUGACCUUCUCGAUUUUCUGGGUCCUGACUGAAGCACAUAUUCAUGACGAAUAUCAAGAUGCUUCAUAUUUAAAUGUGCUGAAGAAAUACAGUGCAUAUGAAGAAGCUGAGGUGGCUUGUUGUGGCUGUUUUAGCUGGAGUUUCAUAAUAGCAGAAAACUCCUGUCCCAGGACACUACAGAGAUGGCCACACAAGGUGUGCAGUGCCUGGCCUGGGCCUCUCUGGUCAAGUGCAGAGGUCCCCCAAAUGGUUCUAAAUAGCAAGAAAUGGUGUUUUUUCCUCUGUGGAAGGUCAGUAUUGUGUGCUGGGAUUAUCAUGACAGUUAAAAUUGCUUAUUGGUUGAGUGUCUUUCUUGUGCCAAAACCAUGGCACAACUUUUGGUGGGAUGUUCUUUGUGGUUUUGUUGGGUUUUUUUCUCUUUUCUGUAGUAGUAGUAGUAGUUACAAACUGGAUGCAAUUGAGGAAUAGUUGUUUUCAGUGUGGGGUGUAUCAAGAAAUAUUCAAGUGAAAGAAUUCUGUUCUAUUUUGUGCAUGCAUAGCUGUGCAUGCGCAGCCCUUGAUAUCAUUCAAAACUUAUAACCUAAGACUACCUGGCCAGGGUAAUUAAAUAUGUGUUGAUGA